AUGCACGACGGCGCGGAAGACGGCAACCUUGAUGCUGACAUGGGCACUCCAUCCGACUACGAAGAUAACCUGCUAGCCCCUACAAUUCCAAGGACUCCCGUAAAAGAAGUGCAUAGUCCGGGUAAAUGCUCAAGAUCGACGACGAAACUAGUCUCCGGAGGUGAUGACAACAAUCAAUCAACUAGGCCUAACCUCACAGUUUGCACAGAACACCCUGUGGUGAUGGACGUGCCAGAUGCAGUGAAAAUAGAAGGCUCUGAAAACAACCCAAUUCUGUUGGACAGUACCCCAGUAGAACAUCAACCGAGACAGUCUAUGCAGCGCAGAAACGUGGGACCCCCGAAAUUCUUCGGAGAUCGAAGAUACAUAGAUAUCGUUCUAGAAAAAGAUGACCAGAACACUCAAGUAAUGAGUUCACGGAGCAAACUUUUGAGCACUCCCAAUAUAACAGUGACCAGCCCUAAAGUGAACAACCCCACCUCCAGCACAGCCAGCACCCCCAGUCGACUUCAGGGAAACCAACAGCAGCAGCAGCAGCAACAACAACAAGCAGACAACUCUUUGGCCGUUGACAGCAUCAAUACACUUAAUAAUAAUUCUAACAUGAACCCUGGUGGGAACAAGAACGCCAACAGUCGAGUGCAGAUCACGGGAGACAUGCGGGACAUUCUGGGCAAUGUAGAUGAGAAUGGGUGGCCCCUAGUGGACAACCAGAGCUUCCUAGUAAGCAACAUCAAGGACGCCAAGAGAGAAUUCGAGGAGAUCGAUGGAGAUGGUCUGGGCGACAAUUUUCUGAAUAGCUCGAUGGAUGAACAGACGAUGAGGAACCAGUUGAACUCGGAGGCAGAGGCCAUCAUGAACAAAGUAUUAGACUACGAGAAAGUGCAGCCCCUUCUGGACGACAAAGUGUUCUCGCUCAUGAUGGACGAUUUCGAAAAGGCGUUCAAAGUGGUGAAGGAGAUCCAUGAGUUGGAGAGAGUGGUGGCGGACUUCAAGAAGAUGAAGUUGGCAGUGAGAAGCUACAAGCAUUCAGAGGAGAAGUUGAUUGACAGCCAUCAGAAACUACAGAAUGAACACAAUCACAUCAUGUCCAAGUUCAGGGGCAUGUACAGUACGAUUUUAGAGGAGUUGCGUGCGCAGAUCGGUGCGAUUACGAACUACAUGGAGAGCGAUGCUCUGCCGCCGGUGAUUCGAGAGAAGUUGCGAGAGAUGGAGUUGGCGAACGAGGCACUGCAAGAACAGUACAACAGUCUCCAGGACAGACUCACACACGCCGGACAGGAGAAGGCAGACCUACACAAUGCACUCAUUGAGUUGAGAAAAGAACUGGAGGCCAAAAAAGCUGAAGUGACGCGUGAAGAAGUGAACAAAAAGUCAGUCAUGCGCGAGCGAGACGAACUUCAGAAUGUGAAAAAUGACCUCGAAUCCAAGUUAAAACACGGAGCCCUCAACUUGAAGAAAACGAAUGAACAGCUGCGUGAAACUAUGAACGAGAACCAGUCGUUUAAAAUCCGAAUAGGCGAGAUGGAAAAUCAGCUGAAAGGACAGGCGGAGGAAAUCAGUCGGACUAAACAUGACAAAGCUCAGAUUCAAGAUGAGUUUGCGAGGCUGAACAUUGCACAUCAUCAGCAGUCUGAUACGCUCAAGGUCAACUCGAAACAUAUUUCUGAAAAGAGUCUUUCAGAUAUUGUCAGAUAUUGUGCACAGCUAUUUUUAGUGUUAUUCUGCGAAGCUUUCUAA